AUGCAUUCACAAUUGAUUCUGAUUGCUAUAGCUCUUUUUAUGAUUUCUUGUUACAAGGAAUCCUUCGCUCAAGAUGAUUUACUUCCUAAACAUAUAAAGCCGCCUAAACCUACGAAGAACCCUAAUGAAAAAGAAACGACUGGAAAUUUAAAGGAGUCCGAGGGACUUUCAAUUGAGCUGAAUGGAAAAUCAAAUGAGUCGGAAGGGCUUUCAAUUGAGCUGAAUGGAAAAUCAAAUGAAUCAUUGGGACUUUCAAUUGAGCUGAACGGAAAGUCAAACGAGUCAGAAGGAAUUUCUAUCGAGUUGAAUGGAGAAUCAAAUGAAUCAGAGGGACUACUUUCAGUUGAGCUGAAUGGCAAAUCAAAUGAGUCAGAAGGGCUGUCAAUUGAGCUGAAUGGCAAAUCAAACGAGUCAGAAGGGGUUUCAGUCGAGCUAGAUGGAGUAUCAAACGAGUCGGAAGGACUUUCAAUUGAGCUGAACGGAAAGUCAAACGAGUCAGAAGGACUUUCAAUUGAGCUGAAUGGACUUUCGGAUGAGCUUGGACUUUCAUCAGAAUUAGAUCUUUCAGCAGGAGCGUCAGGUCUUUCAGCAGAGGCUUCGGGAAUUUUGUCAGCUUCACUGGAACUUCCAUCGGAGGCUGGACUUUCAGAGUCAUUAGAAAUUUCUGCAGAAGUAGAGGCUUCCGGACCUGUAUCAGCAUCAUUAGAACUUUCAGUCGAGUCUUUGGAGCUUUUUAAUGAAACCGAAGUAAUUUUAAAUGAGACCGGAAUUGUACCAAUAAAGCCGCCAGUACUAUUUUGUUGUAACCCGCUUGGACCUUGCCUUAUAUGCCCUCUCGGAGAACACUGCAUUGGGAACCCAGGAUCAAAACAUUGUGUUCCAUUAGUAUGCGAUUUAUUCUGUAAAAUUGGCUUCGUAUGCAAAAUACUGAAUGGAAAACCAGCAUGUGUUCCAAUUGCAUGUAACUUAAUACCUUGCCGGAUCGGUUUUAUUUGUAAACUUGUCAAUGGAAAGCCGCAAUGUGUCAGAAUUAUUUGCAAUUUGCUUUGUAAAAUUGGUUUCGUAUGCAAGAUACUGAAUGGAAACCCAGCAUGUGUUCCAAGAGGAUGCGCUUUCACACGUUGCCGAUUCGGUUUUGAAUGCAAAAUAAUUAAUGGAUUGCCAAAAUGCGUUCCAAUCUUAUGCAACUUAAUCCGUUGCCCGUUAGGAUUUGUAUGCAGACUUGUGAAUGGAAGACCAAAAUGUGUCAGAAUUAUUUGCAACUUAUUUUGCAAAAUCGGUUUUAUAUGCAGAAUAAUCAAAGGCAGACCAGCAUGUGUUCCAAACGUGUGUAGCUUAAUACGCUGCCGGAUCGGAUUCGUCUGUAAAAUUGUAAAUGGAAAGCCGCAAUGUGUCCGAAUCGUUUGCAAUCUUCUGUGCAAAGUUGGCUUUGUAUGCAAGAUACUGAAUGGAAAACCAGCAUGUGUUCCAAAAGUUUGCAACUUAGUUUGCCGCAUUGGUUUUGUCUGCAAACUUAUUAAUGGAUUGCCAAAAUGUGUUCCAAAUGUGUGCGGUUUACUACCUUGCCCAUUAGGAUUUGUGUGUAAAAUAGUCAACGGAAGACCAAAAUGUGUCCGAAUUAUUUGCAACUUAUUCUGCAAAAUCGGUUUUGUGUGCAAAAUUGUCAACGGCAAACCAGCAUGUGUUCCAAGAGGAUGUGCCUUAAUACGUUGCCGCCUUGGUUUUAUAUGCAAAAUCAUUAAUGGAUUGCCAAAAUGUGUGCCAAUCUUAUGUAAAAUCCGUUGCCCAUUAGGAUUUGUGUGUAAACUUAUCCAUGGAAGACCUCGAUGUGUUCCUAUUUUAUGUAGUUUAAUAAGAUGCCGCUUCGGCUUUAUAUGCAUAAUUCUCAAUGGAAAACCAACAUGUAUUCCUAAAUGCAGACAAGAAGUAACUAAGAAACCAACACGUAAUUUUGGAUAUAUAUUGAAAUAAGCUAGCUUUAAAAAUAUUAUAGGUCCAACAAAAAGAAUCACAACUCCUAAACAUACAUCUACUAAACCGCAUACAACUACUACACCUGUAUUAACAAAAACUACUAAACCGUCAACAUCUACAACGCCUCAAUCAACGAAAACUACUACCACAACUUCUCCUCCAUCAACCACAACUACCCCUCCAUCAACCACAACAACUC